UCCACGGCGACGGGACCGGUAGAACCGGAACUGACCGCGUUUCCAGGGCGACGGGACCGGGCCUGCGGAGCGGGGAUCGUUGCGCUGGACGAUGAACAACCCCGAGGCGGUGUUCACGCUGCUCUAUGUCGUCCUGUCCUUCUGCUUCGUCUUCACCCCGACCGAGUUUCGGUCUGCGGGGCUGACGGUGCAGGACCUGCUGGCUGAUCAGCUGGGCAGCGAGCAGCUGGCCUUCGUGCACUAUCACAUCCGCAGGACGGCCGCCACGUUGGUGGCUCACUCGCUGCUGCCGCUAGGCUAUUAUGCAGGAAUGUGUUUUGCAUCUUCUGAUGAAAAUAACUACUUUCUUGUGAGCUGGGGAUGGAUUAUUUACUUGCUGGUAGCUGUGCUAACUCCUGCCGUUGUUAGUCUCAUCGUGUUGUACUGGUCCUCAAAGAAUUGGAGCAAUCAUCCAAUAGCCCGGAGCCUUGCAUACUAUGCCCUUCCCCAAUCCAGUUGGAGAGCUGUGGCAUCCUCUAUUAAUAUAGAGUUCCGAAGGAUUGAUAAAUUUGCCUCUGGUGCACCAGGAGCGCGAGUUAUUGUCACCGACACCUGGGUGAUGAAGGUGACUACUUAUCAUGUUCACGUGGCACAGCAACAGGACAUUCACCUCACACUGACUGAAUCAAGGCAACACGAACUGUGUCCCGACCUAAGUACUCCAGUACAAUUUCUAACCAUCCAAGUGGGCGUCAUCAAUCCACGCAUCACACCAUUUGACAUUAGGCUGAAUUCAACAGAAUAUGGUGAACUGCGUGAGAAGCUCCAUACAACAAUACGGAAUGCCCAUAAUGUGGUCAUCCAUCAGUCCCUGAGUGACAUGUUUCUUGACACAUUCAAAAUCCAAGUGGAGCUGAAUCAACGUUAUCAUCUUCCUGGCAACCAGGAAUUGGAAUCGUGUAUUGGCUGCAUGCAGACAGCUGCGAACAUCAAACUUGUCAAAUUCUGCAUGGAGCCAAAUGAUGGUGAAUGUCAGCAAUGUUACUGCCGUCCGAUGUGGUGCCUGACCUGCAUGGGGAAAUGGUUUGCCAGCCGCCAGGACCAGCAGCAUCCAGAAACGUGGCUUUCAAAUCGGGUGCCUUGUCCUACCUGUCGAUCUAAAUUCUGCAUACUUGAUAUCUCCAUUGUUUGCUGAAAAUAACCUGAAUAUGAUAAUUGAACUAGUUAACAUCGACAAAAUUCAUAUUUGUAAGUUAUAGAAGCAGAAUUAAGCCAUUUGGCCUAUCAAGUCUAUUCCGCCAUUCAAUCAUGGCUGAUCUAUCUUUCCCUCUCAACCGCAUUCUCCUGCCUUCUCCCCAUAACCCCAUGACACCCGUUUUAAUCAAGAAUCCAUCAAUCUCCAAGCAAGAUUUUAUUUCUGGCCUCUUGCAUCUUGUCACUCUAACCGCAAUGAAUUUUCUUUUUUGGUGGAUUUGAAUGCCCCUGAAAUGUUUUUUAUUUUUCUUGUUAAAACUUGUGUCUGCUUCAAUCUAAUAGAGUCUGGAGGACUUUCUGUAACCAAAGUUCCAAAAUGGUCACUUGUCUCUUUAUCGCCUUCAUAGGUUGACACACAGUGGUGUACCAGUUAACACUGUCUCCCAGCUCUAGAGCUGCAUGUUCAAUUCUGCCGGUGACUGCCAUCCGCGUGGACUUUGCACAUUCUCCAUCUUUGCACGCACGCACUUCCAGGUCUUCCAAUUUUCUCCCACGUCCCAAAGAAGUACUGCUCGGUUAAUUGGCUAUUGUAAAUUGACUCCUUAAAGAAUCAAAUAAUUUGUUAUUGGGAGAGAAUCAAUGGCGGGACUACAGGGGAAUGAGAAGAAUGGAAUGAGACUGGGAUUUUCUGGAUGCCGCGUGGAUUCAAUGGUCCAAAUGACUUCUUACUCUGUAGUUAGUAGGUAACGUGCAUUAAACCUAAACUUGAAACCAGUAUAUACACUUGGUGGAAAGGAUGAGAACUAAUGGAUUUUGUCACAGAAGCAGGCGGAUUCAGAAUUGCCUGGAACUCAUCACAACAGCUGGGUGGUGCAUCUUGUUGAGCUGCCGACAUAACACCAGAGACCCAGUGUGCUGAUUGUAUGGAGCUUGCACGUUCUCCCUGUAACCGCGUAGGUUUUCCCCCUCCCAUCCCAAAGACUUGCAGGUUGAGAGGCUAAUUGCCCACUGUAAAUUGCGCCUUGUGUCUAGAUGAGCAGUAAAUCUAGGGGGAAUUGGGAAGAAUGUAUCGAGAAAAAAAAUGGGAUUAAUGUAGGCUUCGUGUAAAUGGAUGGUCAAUGCGCUGGCAUGGAUUCGGUGUACCAAAGUGCCUGUUUCCAUGCUGUGUGACCCUGUGACAACUUAUAGGAAUCACAAGUUAUUUUAAAUAUCUUGAACUGAAUUUGAAUUUCAGUCUUGUAUAUCUUUUUAUAUUUCAAAGCUGUCUUUUGGCUUUAUACUUCAGAUGCAAUUGUUACGUAUUUUUAUACCUCCAAAUGUCCACAUGAUCACUACAAACCUGUACAUGAUUACACAAAAACAACAAUCAGAUGGCAAUUAUUUACAAUAGAAUGGAGAUGUGAAUUAUUUUUAUUUACUUUGCUUCUGAUGCACUGCUUUAAUAGCCCAUCUCCUUAAUGAACAAUUUCUGAAGCCUGUUGAUAUAGGGAUAGCAUUUUCCAUUUCCUACUCAAAAAUGCUAUUGGUGUUAUAGUUUGUUGGAUUUUCUGGGAUGGUAUUCUUAAACAGCACUUUGUAGUUGAUUUGUUCUCUGACCUAGAGUGACAUUUGGAAGUCUGGAUUCAUUACCCUGAUGGAGAUACUGAUAACGGACCUUAUUGAAAUACAGUAGUCUGUCGGAUGAUGAUACUUCCACAAUGAUGCUCUGACUGCCUUUGCUCCAAAUGAGAGAAGGAAAUGGUGCCACUUUUUAUGAAUAGUUAUGUUAAAUAUUGUUUAUAUAUAAUAUAAAAUUAAUAAAUAAAAAGAAUGAUGCAGUGCAAUUUUCUUUUAAA